AUGGAGAGUGCUGCCAAUCGCGAGGAACAACCUCAGGAACAAUGUGCAAAGCCACAGCAACCGCAGAAGGAGAAAAGGAUAGUUCCCGUCAAGUCACUUGAUCCAAAUUAUUUGAUAUCUGCUGAAUUGGUUUUUUGUGCUGACGAUAUACAAUUCGUGUUGGAACCCCAGAAGCCUUACGACAAACUGAGCUAUAUGGGAUUUUGGCAAGAGUCAGGCUUCCUUGAGAAUGAACCCGACGAUGAAACCGCAUGGGCAGCCUUGGAACGUCUCAGGGUGGAAGCUGAGACAGACUACGUCCGAAGUUGCCAAUAUAACGACUACCUCCGUCUUAAUCAACUUUAUGAUGAAGAACUGGAAGAAGAAGAAAGUCGUAGGCAGGAAAUUGAAGAUGCAAAACUAAAAAAAGAAAAAACAUGGAAGUGUGUGCAUUCUCCAAGUUGUUACCGUUUUUCUUUUGGAAGUCCUGAUGAAGAGGAAGGACCACCGAAGUCGUUCUCCGAAUUCAUGCAGGAGUAUCAACUUGAGCAACAAGUCCAACGUCAAGAGAAACAGGACCUAUCGGACGGCCUACCGGAGGAAGAUCCAGAAGAACAAGAGUUUGAAUCACCGGCCGAUACACCGACGUUCCGCAACGCCAACGAAGCCGACACUUACUACAUUGACGUCAAUCUUCAAUAUGAUGUGAGUUGCUCGGAUCGGAUGAUUCUUGGUAAACAGUACUUUUUUCAGCUCGUGGCGGAUCAAACAAGAUUCGUGAUGUCCAACUACAGCUCGAGAAUCGAUCUCGCUAGACAGAAACUCAAACUUCUGCUGGUCGAGAGUGCGGAAACGGAUCCGCAGGCUCAGAAACGCGUCGACAAUGCCUCAUUCAUGGGUCUCAUCACGGUGUUUUCGGAAAUGACCACACUGUAUUUUGAGCUGUUGGCUAACGAAUACAACAGAAACCCGAUCUUCCCAACUAAGCUCGUCGAGGAAUUCGAGAAUUUUGUUGAGAGAAUCCGCAUCUGCUACCGUACUCGUCUUGUAGACCCGAGUAACUACACGGCGCUUCUGGUUUUCCGUGAUCGUCUGAUUGAGAGCUUGAGAAACCACUUCCGCAUCAUCAACCCUGUUCGCAUGGGAAAACAGCCCAACUUCUGCAAAAAAAUCACGGAGCGUUACAGCAUGGCUGACUACACGUUCGUAUGCGGAAGCGUGUACAAUGGAAAGUGAGUUGAAGAAAAUGCGAAACGUUUCUGAUAUGAUGUUUACAGGUAUCAGUUGAGUUUCGCCAAAUGGUUGAUUAUGGCCCGGGUGACCGAGAUCGAGAUCAACAACAUUCGCGCUGAUAUCAUUGCUCAAGCCAACGACUACGACAUAAACUACCCGGAGAGUUUCCGAACUCCUCUGUUCAGUAGUCCGACAAAUGCCACAGACUUGCUCAACGAUUUGUUCUCGCGGGAACCAAAUCACAUGGGAAGCUUCGACACGGCGAUGGCUGUUAUCGACAAAGUAAAGGUCAACGAGCCAACGACACUCCGCUACUUGAAGCAAAUGACCGCGCAGAGCAACCUUCGCAGCAGUAUCAUCAAGAAGAAGAAGAACAUUCUAAAAAUGUUGCCAGAUUCUAUUCCGGAAGAUUACACGUCGUUGCAGCAAGUUCUCAACACACUUUCUGCGAUUGAGGCUCUGAUGCUGCUUGUUGAGAAAGUGUACGAACCAUUGUUUGAUAACAAGCUCGGGAUUUACGGAAAAGCAUUCCCGGCUACGGUAAGUACUGAAAUCAGCCGCUAAUUUCCACAUUUUCUGUUCAGAUUACAAUUCUUGGUCAAGAAAUCUAUCGGUGUGCGACCAUCGGGCAGUGUCGUGACGGCGAUCUUUCACCCUAUCUUGUCGAACUAUUGGAGCUUCUUCGCGCUGAGUGCAUGAAACAUAUCGCUAUAUUCUACAACGGUUGCGAAAAGCACUGCGAGGAUGUGUACACUGGACCGUACUGCCCAUUGAGUAAUGCAGUGCCCGUAUACCCGUACGCUCUUGAAAAGAAGGAUUUCCCAAAUGGCAUGGCAGCGCAUGUUGAAUUGAUGAUGAAGGUGUUGAGUGUGCAGCAAUACGAGAUGGAGCGCCUUGUCGGACAAUCCUGCCGGGUCAGAAGAGCCCGCUACAUGUGGCAUACGUUCGAGUAAGUUUGAGUUUCAAAACGGGCAGUACAACUCAACUAUAUUCUUCUUUCAGGAAUACCCUUCCGUUCCGCAUCAGCACUGUGGACAAUAUCUUCACGAUCGGCACCAACUUUGAUGAGCAAAUGAACACUCCUGAGAUCAGAUAUGUGUUGAACGAUGCUCGACAAGUGCUGUAUGCUGAAGGCAGAGACUAUCCUAUCGGCAGGAAGCUUGUGGAAAUCUCUGUUGAGAUCAUGACAAAACGCAAGAAGGUUCCAAAGAAAAAUCAGAUCGAGAAGUACUGCAAAGCAGAAUUUGUAUCGCGUAUUGGCAGCGAGAGGCUCGGCGGCAGGGGCGCAGACGAAUUGGCAUGCUUGAUCUCCGAAGUCAUCAACCUGAACAUUAUCAGCUCGAAGCUUCCCUACAAAGCAGUUCCGCCUGCGCAGACUGAGGACGUUGCCAGAGAAAUAGCGUCGGAUUGUGUGGCGAGAUAUGUCAGUCACGCGAGAAGUGCCGCGUACAACCGAGCUGGACCGGAUCAGGCGAGAAUCGACGAGGCCAAGGCCGAGAGACAGCAGAAAGGAGAGAAGUUCGGGGCGCCUCCUAAAGAGCCGACAGAGAACGAUAUUACCGAGACGUCGGACCUCAAGCGGUUGGCGGAGGUCAUUACGAACCUGGAAAGCGACGCGGACGACGAGGAUGAGCCAGGGUGCACCGUUGUGGACAUGAUGUUUGAUGCUCUAACAAUUGCGGCACUCAACAGAGCGGCUGACAGGGGAAUUGUCGUGGAUGGAGAAACAGUCGAGUUUCACUUUGACGAAGACGUGCCCGACCCGAUAAUUGACAAUUUUUUCAAGAACUUCCAACGUGUUAACCUUCCUGAUUUAUCCGCUCCCAUCUACAACUCUCUCGACUAA